AGGCCAAUGAACUAUUCCAGAUCAAAGAUGGCGCCGAAAGUAGAAGUGGAAUAUUGCGGAGGAUGAGGGUACGCCCCCCGCUAUCAGGAACUGGCCAAUCAGAUCAAGACGGCUGUUCCUGAAGCGGAAGUGACGGGAGUUGUCGGGAGAAGCAGCUCCUUUGAGAUCAUGGUGGAUGGACAACUUCUCUUCUCCAAACUAGAGUCUGGAGGUUUUCCUCAGGAAAAUGAGGUAAUGCAGGCUAUCGCAGGGUUAAAACAAGUUCCCCCAGUCAGACCCCAGACUACUGAUGCAGCUAGGGUCCUUCAGGGGUUAAGGAUGGUCCUUUCUAGAUUCUUGAGGCGUUAAGCAACUACAAGGAGGGAGAAAAGGUGGAGCAGGUUACCAACAUCCAGUUCCCUUGGUGUACCAUUCUGUAACUCAGCCAAUCACUGAGCAGCUCUGUCAUGUCAUCUCAUCCCACAGCCAAUAGGAAGCCACUUGAGGGUGUGUCUCAACCAAUCAGGUGUCGGCUCAUCACCCAGCCAAUAUGGAGCCACUUGAGAGUAUGCCUCGACCAAUCAGACUACAUCUCAUCAUCUUGGCAGCCAAUCAGGAGUGGCAUGUGAUCGACCAACCAGAGUGCUGAUAGAUACAGAUGGACCAAUGAGACCUUGCCUGAACCUUUUGAAUGAAGCUUUUCUAUCUUGACUUGACUUUGUUUCCUUACAAACCUCUGUAAUGAUGGAGAAAGUUUAAAAGUUUAUAGACUUUGUCUUGAUGACAUAAGAGGGAUGUGACGAAAGGAAGUUAAUAAAAAGAUUUUUGAGCAUUUUCAGGGAUUUGUACAUGUUCACAUGAAAUACAUUGUCAGACCUCUACAAAAUAAAGCACAAAGACGUCAAAGAUCUGAAAUGUAUAGUCAUAAAUGAUGUGACCCACUGUUUUGAUUGACGAUUUGAUUGAUUGAAGUGUGUGGUAUUUUUUAAGCAGCAACUGCUUGUGUUUAAAAGAAGCUCCAAAUGUCACACUCAUGCGCACAAUGGUAAAGGUAUUUCAAUGUCACUUGUAAUAGAAAUUGUCAUGUUGUCAAAUUAGUACAUUCAGAUACAUACAUGUAAAAGAAAAUAAUGUGCGUGUUAUCAACUCUUCAACCCAAAACAAAUAUUGUUAUAGGCUAUGUAUCAAAUCCAAAAACUUCAUUCUGAAUAAAUGCACAAUGUCUGACAAA